AUGACUACAACGACGGCUUCGGCCGCACAGUCGACCUUCACUCCGUGGAUAGAUCCCCCGGCGGGCGUGAAGUCAAAUUUCGAGCACCCAGAAACAUUAACUUACAAGACGAAUAUCACGAUUGGUAUAGCUUUGCCUGCUGUCACCAUCUUCUUCGCUUGUCGGGUGUGGGCCCGCGCAAUUAUAAAGAGGACAUGGAUUGUAGAAGACUGGCUGGUGACAAUAUCAUGGGCCGGGAUCGUAUCAUACUGUGCAGUCAUGAGGACCGUCAUGGCCCACUAUGGCGGGCGACACGCGUGGGACAUCACAACAGCACAGGCCGAAGAUGCAGGAUAUUGGUUUAAUAUCGCCUCGGUGUUAUACGGUGUUUUUAUCAUGUUUACCAAGCUAUCCGUGCUAUGGCUUUACCGACGAGUUUUCUCGCCCAUUAGGUGGAGUCCCUUGGAUAUGAUCAUAUUAUCUCUCGUCGCGAUCAUGUUAGGCUUCUACAUUAGUACAACUCUCGUCAAGAUCUUGGAGUGUAUACCGAGAGCUAGAAUUUUCGACAAGUCAAUUCCCGGGCAUUGCGUUAAUGUCUCGGCUCUUCUUAACGCCAGUGGCCUGUUCAAUACGAUUACAGACUAUAUCAUUCUUCUUUUGCCUAUGCACGCUGCUUGGAAACUGCAAAUGAACCGAACCAAGAAGAUUCUCGUUAUUGCUGUGUUCACAUUUGGUUUAUGUGCCCCCGUGUUCAGCACUGUUGGUUUCGUCGUCCGUAUCCAAUACAGCAACAGUGUAGAUACCACAUGGACUCAACCGGACAUUCUUCUCUGGGGAUGUGCCGACAAGUCUCGCAAGCGCAGCUAUCCACGCCGCCCAGCCAACAGUUACCUCGAAGGAUCGAAAGAAGUCGGUACCUCACGCUCUCAAUCACGCAAGGUGGUCAAUUAUGGCGGCGACCUGUCGUAUUAUGAGCUCAACGAAGAUAUUGUUUACGGCGUGCGGGUCAGUCCAUCUGGCAGCAAUUCGCGAUUGACCGAGUCAGCAAAUGGGGCGGUGCAGGUUCACCAUGAGAUCAUAAUAGAGUCAACCAGGAAAGAAGAUCUUGUUCGAUAG